AACUUCCGGGACAUGGGGUUAAAAGAUGGUGUGCGGCGCAAUGUUUUGUUUUUGGAGUCUUCCUCAAGUUUAGGCAGUUCGCUUGAACAAAUCAGUGUGUGUAUGUCGCUUUACACUUGCUGAUAGCGUACAGAUGGAUGCGUUACACAGACAUCGUUCACUUUACAAGGGGACGACUCCGCCAUGGAAAGAAACGUACCGAAAGCGCUGUGUGGACAGACUGAAGAACAGCCGGUCGAGGCUGCUGGAUAGAUAUCGUCUGAUGGGACAGAGUCAGCAGCUCUGCGGCUCCGGGGCCUCCAUCAUCGUGCAGGAGGUGAUGGAGGAGGAGUGGGGCGCCCUGCAGUCAGAGGACCGGAGACUGCCCUCCCUGUGGGGGCCGGACGGCAUAGCAGAGAUCUUCAGUGUCAUGAAGGAGUACGAUGAACUGGCGGUUCUGGAAGAGAUCCAACAGGAGCUCUUGUCUCAUGAAAUGUCCAUCAUUGAGGAGUACGAGAGAAACCUUCAGUUUGAACAGCAGUACAUAUCAUCAGUUGUGGAGGGGAUGGAGGAGAUGAAUAUUAUAUGCCCCAUAUGUCACACGAGAAACUUAAACAUCAACAGCCAUUUCGUCUCCUGCCCCUGUGGACUGUACAUUAACACUAAGAAUCAGAACAUCACGACGGAUGUCCUGCGCCAACUUCUGGAGUCCAGGGUGUCGGAGCACAUGGAGGACUGUCUUCACAAUCCUGUUUUCUCUGUUGCUCCAAACACAGACAGCAGCUCUCCCAACCUGAUGAUUAGCUGCCAGGUUUGUGACUACCUGUCCAUUGUCCUGUGAAAGAUGCUGCUCCUGCCAUGAGUGUACUCACUCACAAGCUAUGAAUAAGAGUUUUUAUGUUGAUUAAAUAAAGGCUAUUUUUUUUUAUAUUUAAUGAGUGGAUGGUUUAAUUAUCAUGUAUACUUCCAUCCCUUACUACUAUUUCAUACCAAUGUUCCUAUUUAAGUGUUGAUCAAGAUGUGCCAGUGUCUUUUUAGUAUCACUAAGUUGCUUUAUUGAAACUUGUGCAAUAAAGUCAAGUUUAAGAAUUGGAA